AUGUUUCGUUUAACUUCCGGUUCGAGUGUUUGUAAGACUCACGAUGGCUGCGACCUUGUUGCUAAUGCGGAUUUUAUAUUAAUGUAGACAGAUAGUAAAAUCACGCAAUAAAUCUUGUGUUUACCGGUUCUUGUCUGCGAAAGUUAAACGUCAUGAUUUCUUUAAUGAAGUCGGCCGUCGGUGGACUCACUGCAGUUUGUAUAUUCUCCGGACAAAGACAAGGACCGUUGUUAGGUCACUUGAAAGUCCUGGCUGCUGGGUUCAAAACGUAUGACAUCCCUCCAGACUUCAGUGAUGUCACUCUACCAAAAAAAGGGAAACUGAAGUUCCUGAAUAAGGUGCCAAACUUAAAAAAGCCCAAGAAACAAAUGAAGAAUCUGUAUGAUAUCCAAGGCCCAGCGAAGACAGCAAACACCUUCACAGUGGGACAGUAUGCCAUUGUGGCCAUGGGAGGUGGCUACAUACAUUGGGGUCACAUAGAGAUGAUGCGUUUGACUCUAAGCCGCAAGCUUGAUUACAGCACUACAUUUGCACGCUGGCGCAUCAAUGCUCCAUAUAAACCCAUUACUCGUAAGGGUCUGGGUCAGCGCAUGGGUGGAGGAAAAGGAGCGAUUGACCAUUACGUGACCCCUGUUCGCUAUGGACGUUUGAUCCUGGAAGUGGGAGGGAAGGUGGAGCUUGGGGAGGUUGAGCCGGUCUUGACUCAACUGGCCAAGAAACUACCCUUUCCUNNNNCUGCUGAGGUUAUGAGCAGAGAGAGCUUAGCAGAGAUGCAAAACAAGUAUGCUGAAAUGGUGCAGAACAACCAGAAUCCUUGGACAUUUAAACGGAUAGCCACAGGCAACAUGUUGGGUAUCAGGAAGGUGCUCAGCCCCUUUGACCUGAAGAGCCACGGACGCUUUACAGGAAAAUUUUUCUUCCCGGAUAGAAUUUAAAAAACUGUAAGACAAAAGGAAACAUUCAGUUAUAUUGUUAUUAUUUUUAUUAUUGUUAAUAAAUUUGAGUCUUUGAACAUAUUU